GUAAAACAGUCCCAUCGAUGAAUCUCCACCCACAAACGCACACAUGUUGCGUGUCCUGCAUCGGUGAGCGCGUGUGUCUACACGGCCCGACACUUGACUCGCCGAGAAACUGAGACACUUUACAUCCACCCUCCGAGGCAUUCACUCGUGUGCAGCUACCCUCGGGGUCCGGAGCUCGACUCUGUGUUUUUCUACCAGUUGCUCUUAGCUCGCGUGAACGAGAUUUCCGCGCACUUUGAUUUGACUUUGAUUUCUACGUGAUUUCAAAGUUUGCGUCUGCCGUUACAGAAACAAGUGCUACAGUGAAAUCGUUAAGUGAAUUUCACGCAUUUUCCUUGUGAAUAUAGAUAAAAUCGCUGAGUGAAGUAAACGCCAAAGUAGAUUACAAAUUGUUCGACUAUUCCAAGAAUGUGUUAGAAUGCUGUCCACUGUGAUAUCCGCUUCCACGCCGUUCAGUGUACGCGACAUUCUCAGUGCCGAUCAAGAAAUCGAUAGCAUGGAUUGCUACCAGAAUCAUUCACAGACGGACAUUCAGAUCAACAAUCAUAUGCAGCCUGACUACUACGGAUACAAUGUGAUGCCAGAAAAUGGUUGGGACAUGGACAAGUUAAAGGAACAGAGUGUCGGUAGUUAUCAAGGCUAUGGAGAGAUGAAUCACGUUCAUCAACUCAGUCAGGUCGUUCCGCCGUAUCAAGAAAGUCCUGUGAUCGAAGAUGGAAACUUAGUGACCUCGAGUAAAACAGAGCUGCGGAAAAGUCAAUCUGGAAAGAGGACGAAACGAAAACCACGAGUUCUAUUCUCUCAGACGCAAGUGUACGAACUAGAGCAACGAUUCAAGCAGCAGAGGUACCUGAGCGCUCCGGAGCGCGAGAUGCUGGCCCAGUCGCUGAAGCUCACGAGUACGCAAGUGAAAAUCUGGUUCCAGAAUCGGCGCUACAAGAACAAACGCGCUCGCCUCGAGGACGCAGAGAAAGUCCAGACGCAGAACCUCAAAAAUCAGUCGCUGAAGAAAAUCCCGGUGCCGGUGCUGAUCAAGGACGGCAAGCCCAACAGCGCCCAGGAGUCGGUUUACAAUCCACCCUACUGGCCGAGCUUCCGACCAGAAGUAACCGCGAUGAACGUGCCCGCGGACCCUCGUAUGUCCGGCCACAGCGUCACCGCCAGUCCUACCGACUUCAGGACGAACGAGCAGCUGAGCCCGGAGUACCUCAGGACGGACUUCAGUCAUCAAACGGCAGAUAUAGCGAGCAGGUCGAAUAAUUCGAGCGCGAGCGCGGAGAGUCAGAGACCGAUUAUGCCGACGGACUACCGGUCGAGCUUCGCGUCAGACGAGAGGAGUUUGAAGAUCGAUUACAAGACGCAUUUCGCGAGCGAAAUCAUGCCUUUUCCAGACAUGAGAAACGUCGUGCCGGAAAUGAAGGCCUACGAAAACAAGAGCUGCGUGGAACCUACGACGGAAUACAACAUCGGCAAUUACGGAAACGCGCCAAGCUACCAAAUGCCUUAUUAUAACUUCAUGGAUCAGGGCGGGAUGGAUCAGAAUCUGCAAAGACUGUGGUAGAUUGCUAAAUCGAUUAUGGAUAUUGUCAAGUAUUUUUCGUCGAUCUUAUUUCUUAUUGAGUAUUAUGUAUUUUUGGAACUAAUGCGCAUACUGAUGCACAAUAGCUGUAAGCACAUCAUUAUUUUUAAGAUUCGUAUUUUUAGUCGACCUUUAGUUUUUAUAAAUUCAAAUGGCAGCAGUACGAUAUACUUAUAAUUUAGAAUAUGUUGAUUGCGAAAAUUAGUGGUCUAGAUGUGUUGUUGAAUGUAAGGAGUUGAUUAACAAAAAAAUGUUUAUAUUAACUUAUGCUAUACUUGUAAAAGCUACGUUAAUACCAAAGUACUCUAAGAACCAAAGACUUCUAUAUGGUCCUAUGUAAUAUAAAACAAAAUAGUUAUUAAAAGAUUUUUAUGCAAA